AUGAUAUCUCUUGGGAGGUUGGACCGUUAUAUGAUGAGUAGGGAAUUGGUGGAGGAUGCGGCGAAGAGAGACGAGGGUUGUGAUAGUAGAACUGCUGUGGAGGUUAAAAAUGGCCCAUUUAGCUGCGAUGAUGAAAGCAAAGAAGAGGAUUUGAAACACAUAAAUUUGAAUGUCAAUAAAGGGGAGCUAACGGCUAUUGUAGGGAUAGUGGGAUCUGGAAAGUCUUCCCUUCUAGCCUUAAUUCUUGGUGAGAUGUACAAGUUAUCCUUAAAGGUACGAGUUUGUGGAAUCACUGCCUAUGUUGCUCAAGCAUCAUGGAUUCAAAAUGGGACUACUGAAGAAAAUACAUUACUUGGUUUGCCAAUGGACAGAGAUAGAUACCAGGAAGUUGUCAGGGUUAAAGAGCGUGCUGUUGAAAUUGCCAAGGCCAUAGAUGACGAAGAUGGGUUGAUAGGAGCAUUGAAUGCCUUUCAUAGGCACUUUCCUCACAGUAAAUCUGAGGAUAAACCCGAGUCAUUGCCUGCUAGAAGUGGCUUAUUUUCCAUCAGUAGGUGUUUUGGCUAUUCCCAUUUCAGUACACAUCCCACGGCCUCUCCUCCACAUUUGUAA